CCGGGAUGCUAGGUCGAGAAAUCAGAAUGGAGAAUGCAAAACAUCGGGACGCGAGCAGCGAUGUUUUAUAUACUUCCGAGGGAUUACGUUCGACACGAAUUGGAUGCAGUGACGUCAUCGGGAGUUAGCUCCACGGAAAACGGGCGACAACAGUCGACAGCGGUUAUCUGCGCCGAACCAAAUAUCGGAUCGAACGCGGAAGAAGAGAGCCAAGUGAAUGUCAGAAGGCAGCAGCGAAAUCAGUUGGCUAUGGCUCUUGUAGUGAAAGCACAACUGCCGCCCUCCGAGCCGCCCCUGAUCAUCUCUUCAUGGCAGCUACGUGUCAGUGCUGAUGUCAAUGCCAGUGCCAUGAGGGAGUAUCCGGAGCACCGUAAGUAG